CUGGAAUGCUUGGGCUGAAGCAUUAAGGUGGUAGGGUGGGGAGGGCUAUUGCUGAGGUCCAGGGUCCUCUGAGCAGAAGUGGAUUUUAGGUACUGCAUCUUUCCGGACCGGGCGCCCCCAGUGCUGCGGAGCCUGGGCUGCAUGAUGGCUUCAGAGGGGGAGCCGAGUGACCUAGCCAAGGUGGUCCAGGUGCUGAUCCUGUCCGCGGCCUGGGGCAUGCAAGUCUGGGUUACCUUUAUCUCAGGAUUUGUGUUGUUCCGGAGGCUGCCUCGACACACUUUUGGAUUGGUCCAGAGCAAACUUUUCCCCUUCUAUUUCCACAUCUCUCUGGCCUGUGCCACCAUCAGCUUGGGCAUCUUCCUAUUCCAUCAUCCGUUGGUGAAGCUCAGCUUUACACUAGCAGAAGCUGGUCAGCUGGUUCUCCUGGCUAUGAACUUGGCUUUGUCAGCCCUGAAUGCUCGGUGGAUAGAGCCUAGAACUACUGCUGCUAUGUGGGCCCUGCAAGCAAUGGAGAAAGAUCGAGGUCUGGGUGGAGAACUCCCAGGACCUUCCCAGGGUCAGGGCCAAGACCCCUACCACCGGCUUCGGGAGCAGGAUCCCAAGUAUCGAGCCCUUCGACAGACAUUCUUCCACUAUCAUGGCCUUUCUUCCCUCUGCAACUUGGCGAACCUGCUUGGCAAUGGCAUCUGCCUUGCCAGCUUGGCAUUGCACCUCAAAAACCUGUAAGAGGCAGACCCUCUUUUCAUUGCUCAGAGGAGGGGUUCUAGCUCCAUCCCUGGACCCAAAUCCAGCACACAUAGGCCAGACUCAUUUGGACUCUGCCCAAGCAGCUGAGAGAGAGGAGAGCCUGCCUCCUUCCUUAUGCUCUGUCCUUCCAUGGCCAUGGGUUCUAACUCUUGUCAUGCAGCUACUUUGCCGUUUCUGAUAAAGGACACUCUUUAGAGCUCUUCCUCUUUCCCCUGGCUAUUCCAGUUAUUGGAUGUGGUCCUAGCUACCUGGGCCAGAACUGGGAGACUUUCUGAGACUGCCAUUCUGUAUCAUACAUUUGCUAUUAAAAAAAAGGUUUCUCAGCCA